AUGAGCGUCGCUAUCGAAGCGUUCUACAUAUUUGACGACCAAAUAUGCCUACUUGAACACGUCUACAACGGUCGACCGCCGACAGCGAAAGAUCUCCUGCCACGACUGCGCGAACAGACCCCGCGUCCUGCGGUCCUGCAUCUCCCGAACCUCAAUCCACCUACCAACGCCUACACCGUUCUUCACGGCGGCCUCUCGUUGGUAUGUACGUCAUCAAAAGACGCACCGCCACAGGCAGUGAUAGAUUUUCUCUAUCGAGUGGUCGACAUCUUCGAGGACUUCCUCGGUAGUCCGCUCAUUAGCACCAAGAUUGAGGAAAACUACGAAGUCGUAGCGCAGCUUUUGGUAGAGAUGUGCGAUGGCGGCAUAAUCUGCAAUACCGAGGGUAACGCACUGAGAGAACAGGUCGAAGUAGCCAGCAAUUUAGGCAAGCUCUUUGCGCAAGUUGGGCUGCCUGGUUCAUCUCCAUCAGUCGCACCAACUACUCUAGCCGCAAGCCUAAAGGCGGCAUCCAGUACGGCAAAUGGACCAGCAAUACCCUGGCGGAAAUCGAACGUAAGGCAUACAAGCAAUGAGCUGUACGUUGAUCUCGUAGAGAGUCUAUCCGUCAUCUAUGCGCCUUCGGGACGCCCAAUAUCAGCCAGAGCACAUGGAUCCAUCCUCUUCACUGCGAAGAUAUCUGGGGUGCCAGACCUCCUCAUGACGCUAUCUGCACCCGGAGGAACCAGCGCAUCACAGUCCGCUGGGCUGGCGAGGACGAUGCAGCUGCCGUCUUUCCACCCCAGUGUUCGACUGAAUCGUUGGCGUGAUGCGCCCGGCGAGCUGUCCUUCGUUCCACCCGAUGGUAAAUUCAUGCUGGCCAGCUACGAAACUGACCUCAUGCCUUCGCCUCUGAACGCUGACGAGCCGCCGCUACGCAGCGAACGAAUCUUUCUUCCUGUUGUUCCGGAAUUGCGCACCAAUCUCGGCCGCAACGGCGCCGACUUCGAGGCGCGAGUGGCCUUGAACAACAGCUUUCCAGGCGCACCUCCUCCACAGAAACCUGGCCCAUCGACAAGAGCAGGCUCUGUUACAACACCCUUUUCUUUUGGAAGCGCCGCAGGAGCAAAUUCGAGCGCCCCAACUCUCGAGGCCGUGAUGAUCAGCAUCCCCUUCCCAGAUAACGUGCGAAGCGUGACAGAGCUGAAACCCUCCCGUGGCGAGGCGACCUUCAACCAGUUCAGUAACGUGGUGGAAUGGAGGAUACCCACAAAGGACGGCUUCUCUGUGAGCGGGCUGGCAACUCUAAAUGGAACUGUCACUGGCCCACUUGGCUCCGACGGAGAUGAUGGCACUGAGAUCAUGUCACAGACACUCUCCGAGUACUAUGACGAUGCAAGUCUGGGCGUACAUGGCCAAGGUGCGGAAUUGAAUGGAAAUGGAAACAGCACUGAGAAGGCUAGAAGAGUGCCAAAUGUUAGAGGCUUGAUGCCGCAAUCUAUUGCGGCCAGCUUCGCAGUCAAGGGAUGGCUUGCGAGUGGCAUCAAGGUCUCCAGCCUGGUGGUGGAUACGAAACGAAGUAAAGGACUGGGUGACGGUGUGAAGCCGUACAAGGGAGUCAAGUAUUUGACCAUCAGCAAAAGCGGUGUAGAACGUAGGCUAGACUAA